AUGGCAACGACGUGGCCUUCAAUUGGAACAAGAACAACCCCAGUCGACAAUAUGGCAGGAGCUCCAACGACGGGAAAUCCAAAUCAAUCUCCGGCUGCUUCGUCAAAUCCGGCAACCGAGCAAGGUGCAACAGCAGAGGUAUUGUUCGAUCCCCAAUCUCAAUCGAAUCCAUAUUUUCUUCACCCUAAUGAGAAUCCGGCGUUGAUGCUGGUCUCUACGCCAUUGGAAGGCCCUAACUAUCACCCCUGGGCAAGGGCCAUGACCAUGGCAUUAUCCUGCAAAAACAAACUGAAAUUUGUUAAUGGAGCCAUUACCAAACCAUCGAGGGAUGACCAGAAAUUUGAUGUGUGGGAGCGCUGUAACGACAUAGUCGUCUCCUGGAUUGUUCGAUCUCUUUCCCCGACGAUUAGACGCAAACUCAAAUGCGAGAUAUAUCAAACAAAACAAGGUGAUAGCUCCCUCAAUGAGUACUUCACUCAACAAAAACUGCUCUGGGAUGAACUCCAGAUUCUCAGGCCCUCUGUAGGCUGUGAUUGUACCACAAAGUGCAGUUGUGGGAAGAAGAUUGAUGAGUUAAAUGAACAGGCUGAGAAGGACAAGCUAUCUAUAUUUCUCAUUGGAUUACAUGAUAGGUUUACAGGUGCAAGGAAUCAAAUCAUGCUUAUGAGACCCUUGCCGGAUGUAUGUGAUGCCUACUCGAUGAUAGCACAACAAGAAAGGCAAUUUCAUAUUAGCACCAAUGGAAUGGGCAGCCACUUGUAUCAGGCAGGAGAAGUUGGUGCCACAAGCAGUGUCUUAAUGACCAGGACUGGUAAUAACCAACAGCAGAAUUUCAAGAAGUUUGCAGGAGGUAACAAGAAGCACAUGUGUACCUUUUGUGGAUUCACAGGACACACAGAGGACAAGUGCUAUAAAAAACAUGGGUACCCUCCCGGAUGGAAGCCUAAACCAAGAAGUCAAGGGUCUGUCAACCAUAUUCAGGGACCCUCAACACCCCAGCAGUCAGUUCAUGAUGAUGGCGUUUCUUUUACUCAGAAUGACUUCAAGAAAUUCCCGGAGUUUAUGCAUGCACAAAGGUCCUCUGAGAGAGGGUCCUUAAGCACACCCCUGGAUCAAUCAAAUCAUGAAGUACAUGCCAACACCUUUACUGCCAACUUAAUGCCAGGAGCUCAAACUGAAGGUACAAAGCUAUAUAUUAAUCUGACAGAUUUCAGGGAUAAUGAAUAG